GGCAAACUAGUCCUUCUCCAUAGUUCCAAAAUCCUAGUUUGGUCAUCCAAGUCAACUCCAUCAACCUCUGAUUCCACCGUUGCGGUGCUUCUUGACACCGGAAAUCUGGUCAUAAGAAAUGGAUCAAACACUACAAUUUGGCAGAGUUUUGACCACCCAACUGACACACAAAUGCCAGGAGGAUUGAUUGGAGUUAAUAAGAUUACAGGGGAGUUUCAGAGCACCACUUCAUGGGAGAAUCCUGAGAACCCUGCCCCCGGGCUUUUCUCUCAUAGUAUGGACCCCGACGGAUCCAAUCAGCAUGUAUUGCUGUGGAAUGCUUCAGAAAUUUAUUGGAGUAGUGGGCUUUGGAAUGGCCAGUACUUCACCGCAGUCCCUGCUACCAGAGAAAGCACUCCCUUCAACCUCACCUUCGUGGAUGACAAGCGGCGGAAGUAUCUCAUGUAUACCAUCCUCGACAGUUCUUUCAUCACUCGUACUGUGAUUGGUUCAUCUGGGCUAUUAACGCAAUUGUAUUGGGAGGACAGCACCCAGGAGUGGCAAUCAAUCUUUUCUCAAUCUUUGCCUCAAUGUAAGGUCUACUCUCUAUGUGGUGCUUUUGGUAUCUGCGACCAGAAAAGCUCGGAUAAUAUUUGCAAGUGCUCCUAUGGUUUCGAACCAGCUUCAAUGAAAGAAUGGGAGCUUAAAGUUUGGAGCUCAGGGUGCGUGAGGAAAGCCAGUUUGCGAUGCAAUAAUAAAAGCUUGGCUGGUGGGGAAGAGGAUAGAUUCCUUGAGAUGACCAAUAUGAGAUUGCCUGCCAGUCCACAGAACUUGGCCGUUGGGAGUGCUGAAGACUGCGAACAGGCUUGCUUGAACAAUUGCUCUUGUAACGCGUAUGCUUAUGUGAGUGGAUGCUCAAUUUGGACUGGGGACCUUCGGAACCUUCAACAACUCUGUGAUGGUGAUAGUGGAGCCGGUACUCUUCAUCUCCGGCUCUCUGCUUCUGAUUUCCCCGGUUCAAGUAGCUCACAUAAAUUGAUCUAA